AUUUGAAAUUCUCAAAAUGUAGAAAAAGAAAAAGUCUGUGAAAUUUGAAAAUAGUUUGUUUGGAUUGUUACAAAAAUAUACAAAAUUACCAGUUCCCCCUUCUAGCCCACAAUGAACAGCAAUACCGCUAUACAAAAUUCCUCUGAGGUUAAUGACAAUCAAGGUAGUCAACCAAGCCAGGCAAUUGGCCUAAUUCCGGUGCCAGCAAUUGAGUCAGCUCAACCCAUUGAAUCACUGGAUUCGUUCGACGCCUUCGGUAGUUCAUGCAGAAUAUGCCGCUGGAAUCGUAGCAAUAUGGAGAUUUUACAAAGUCCAUGUCUAUGCAAGGGAACUGUGGGUUACAUACAUCUUCAAUGUCUUAAGAGGUGGAUCAUGCAACGCCGAAGCACAUAUUGUGAGAUAUGUAAUACUCCCUUUAGCUUGCCCGUUGAGAAGCAUAGUUUCUGUCAAACGAUGAAGAAGUUUAUCAUCCAAUGCGCCGCACCAAGUUUCAAGCAGCUUCUAAUGGGCGCAUCUUUAGUACCGCUGAGCAAUGUCAUUUUCCAUCAGAUGCUCCAAUGCCUGGAAGAUAUUAAUCCCAAUUCCCAUGAACAUUUAAUAGCAUCUGAAGUUUUGAUCUCAUCCUGUUCCCUAUUGACCUCAAGUGUUCUUUUCUUUCGAUUCUUUGAAUAUAUGAUGUCUCGCAUUCUCUUGAUACGCACCAUUGUUGGUCAUUGGUGGACAUUCGGCGACGCGGUUGACUUUCCGCUUGUUCAGUGGGACAGCGGUAUAGUUGAAGUGUUUUGGAAUGCGAAUUGAUAAAUCACUUUACCAGCCAAUUAUAUUAAAUAGCUAAUAAGAAAUGAUUAUUUUCCACACCGAACAAAUUUUAUGGGCGCAAUAAUUUUUCAUUAAAAAAAAUCGUUUUCUUCUGACAAAAGUAGCAAAAAGUGA